AUGUCAAUGUUCCUUAGACGAGUAGUUGCAGUUACAUUUACAGUUGUAAGUGUUCUUGGGAUAGUGAAUUGUAGAGAGACAAAGUAUGACGAGUUUACAGGAAAUGCACCCAUCCAUGCAGACCAGAAUAAAGAUCCUUCUACAGUGGUGCUAGGAAUUGACUUGGGAACAACCAACUCAGUUAUCUCAGUGUUUGACAAAGUGAAGAAGACAGUAGAGACCAUUCAGAUCGACGGAAAGGUAAGCAUGCCAUCCUUUAUAAAGAUGGAUGUAAAGGACGAGGGCAUGCUUUCCAAGAACGUUAGAGACGAAAUGGACAAAAUUAGAAAAGACUACACCAAAGGAAGCCACUACUACUACAACGGUAUGUGGAUUAAAAACAGCUUUAAAGGACUAAUUACUCCUAUUGUUGGAUGGCCAGCAAUUGAGAGAAUGAAGAACGAGAAGAACUCAGUAAAGAACUAUAUAUACCGGUUUAAGCCAUUGCUUGCCAGAAGUAAAAUUGACUCAAAGGACUCAAAUGUAGUCAAGACUACCAUGGAUAAUGUGAAGUACAUGAUUAACCAGAAAUACGAUGCGAAGCUCGAUAAGUCUGUGCUUGGAAUUAGUAUUAACGAUGAUAAUGACACCGAGGUAGCAUGGAUUACUCCAAGAAGUCUGAGCACAUUAAUCCUUGAUGAGCUUAGAUUAAAGUUUGAGCUGCAGUGGUACAAGAGCCCUUCUGAGAGAACUGAAGAGGACAAGAAGCAGUUACUGCAGAAGAAGACUUGUGUUAUUACUGUUCCUGCAUACUUUGACUUUGUUCAGAAAGAAGAGACAAGAGACGCAGCAGUGUACUCUCUACUGAAUGUACACCCAGAUGGCAUUAUUAAUGAGCCAACCAGUGCUGCAAUUGCCUAUGCGUACACAUGCUCAAAGGCAAAGAGACUUUCAGAUAUGUCCGAAAAGAACUUCUUAGUUUUUGACUUUGGAGGUGGUACUCUUGACAUUUCAUAUCUGAAUCUAGAUGAAGGAUCCGAUGUGCUUGUUGUAGACGGGCACGUAGGAGACAACUUCUUGGGAGGAGAGAAUGUUAACGAUCUUAUCUACAAAGAGUUCCAGGAGCAGCUCAAGGUAAAAUACAGCAUUCAGCCAGAAAACUUCCCUAUUAACACAUCUCUCCGUAUGAGAUGCCUUGUUGAGGAAAUGAAAAUAGAAUUAUGUAAUAAGCAAAACAUUCUGGAUGAGAAGGCUCGAAAGGAGCAUCUUAGAAGCAACAGCAAGGAUGAAGUUAAGUAUGGCGCGGCCAAUGAGGUAGUGAAAAGAAACUUAGUAAUUGAGCUUGAUGACGGAAAGCAGACAGAGUGCGAGCUGGAGCUUUCAGCAAACAGGAUGGAGAAGAUCUGUGCUCCAGUGUACGACAAGAUUAGAAAGCUUUUGGACAACACAGUUGAUCCAAACUCUAAAGGAAAUGAAGUAGAGGGACUUAUUCAGAAGCUUAAGACCGUAAGAAAGAAAGAAGACGUUGAGCACGUAUUGUACGUAGGAGGAUCAAGCAGACUCUUUGGUAUAAGAAGACUUCUUAUGUCAGAGUUUACUAGGGCAAACCACUGCUUUGACUUAGACCCAGACACAUGUGUCUCUGUUGGUGCUGCAUACUAUGCAGCCUCAUUAGAGGGCAUGAUUGAUGAAGACCAAUUCGUUGCCUUGGUUGAUGCCAUUCCUAUGAACAUGGGAAUCAAGCUAGACCAAGACAUGUUUGAUGUCAUGGCAGAGGCUGGUGCACAAGUACCAAAUGUCUUUGAAAAAUACUUUACUACAACUUCCGAUGCACAAAAAUCUGUGCGAAUUGUAGUAGGGCAGACUCACUCCACCACCAAGAGGUUUAGUAACACUAAGACUGUUGGUACCUUUGAUCUGAACAUGCCACACAACACUCUUCCAAGAGGAAAGAAGAGAAUUAAGGUAACAUUCGACAUUGGUAGUGCAGGAGAUAUGAUUGUUAAAGCCACUGAAGUUGGUGAAGACGGUGCUGAUCUACCAAAUGGGCAAACCAUCUCUAUCACCAAGGAUAAGACAAGACUUUCCGACAUAGAGAUUGAAGAGCUUAACAAGAAGUAUGAGAAGACAAAGGAAACCGAAGCCAAGUGGCUUGAGAAGUGUGAAAAGACUAAGGAGCUUGAAGAAACCGUUCUUAGAUUCAGAGACGAGGCAGCAAUGCUUCCAGAGACCCAUCCUAAGAAGAAGGUGCUUAACGACCUCUACAAAGAAUCCAACUACUGGAUUGAAAUGGAAGUUAAGAACAAGAAUGACAUUAGCGACGAUGAAAUGGUUCAAAAAAUACAAGAGAAGCUUACAGACCUUGCCUCUGCAUAUGCAGCACUUGGCGAGGAGCAGGAGCCAGUUGGAAAGCCAGAGCCAGAAAAAGCACAGGCACCAGAAGAGGCAGAGGAAUUUAUUCCAGCGGAAGACCUUUAAACA